GUCUCUGUCUUCCAGAGGGAAAUGGACCAGAUGGUGGACCACUGCCAACUGAAGGUUACACUUCCCUAUCUGGAUAACAUCACCAUCUGUGGUCACGACUGGCCAGAUCACAACGCCAACCUCCAACGAUUCUUCCAAGUGGCCAAAGCCCUGAACCUUACUUAUAAUAGGGACAAGUGUGUGUUCGGAACCACCCGACUUGCUAUUCUUGGGAAGUCUGCCACUGGGACCACCCUACUGGUUUGGCUGACAUCCCCAGGGCCAGUGCUGCUCCGAAAACAUGUGAGGAGCAAUAAAUACUCCCCGCUGGUAGAGAGGGUUCACCUACUACAUGCGAACCCCCAGUUUGCCUACGUGGUCUUACCUGAUGGGCGGGAGGACAUGGUCUCCGUCCGCGACCUGGCGCCCAUGGGAGCAGCAGACCACUACCCCGAACACUCCACGGUAACUGUGAACUUUGUACCCACCAAGGUGUAUACCCACCUGACACUGCACACACCAAGCCCUACUCAGACUCCUCACGACACUCCCAUACCAGGCGCCUCGCACACGCAUGAGGGAUCACUGAUGCCACUGGCACCUGUGCAAUCACAGCCGGUGCUACGUAGAUCACAGCGACAGAUUCGACCACCUGAUAGACUUGACCUGUAAAUAUACUUGUAAGAAACUUCGCUCCAUGGGGACUCUCUUUUAAAACAAAGGGGAGGGAGAAUGUAGUGAACUACAUAUACCUGUCUGGACGCGCCCCCCCCUGCUGACUGCUCCUGUGGCUCCUCCCACAGACCCCGGUAUAAAGGCGA